UUCUAGCUCGAGGCGAAAACAAACUUCCUUCUUGUAGCUGUAGGUGUUCUCAAGCUCCGACUCACAAGUCACAAGUGUAGACUGUCUCCUUGAACUCGAAUCACCUCCGGUAAAGUCUUAAACACUCUCAUAUCUCAAUUGGGGUAUGGAGAAAAUCGGUUUAUGAAACCAAAUAACUUAAACCGGAUCGGGUCGAAUUAAUUUUCAGUUAAAUGCCGGUAUGGUCCAUACGACUGUGACUUGUAAGGUGGUUGUGGUAGGUGGAGAAGUGACCACACAAACGAACUACCCCAGGAAAACAUGUUUUUCUACAUUCUCGACUUUGCUAUUUCAUUGAGCUUGAAUAACCAAUUUUAAGACGCCAUUGCUAAAACAUGAAAGCUCUAUCAUCUUCUUCUCCAAUAUUAGGUGCUAGCCAGCCGGCGACGGCGACUGCGCUUAUCGCGCGAUCUGGUCGUUCUGAAUGGCAGAGCUCCUGCGCUAUUCUAACAAGCAAGGUUAUUUCUCAAGAAGAAUCUGAAUCCUUACCUGUGCCUCCAGUUUCCGGCGGAGUUGAUCAUCUCAACGGCCAUAACAGCGCCGCCGCACGAGUUCCAGGAAUGAAUCUUGUUCCGAUUGAGAAAUCUGAUAGCAAUCCGUUGGUUCCACAGCAUCGUCAUAAUCCACUGAAACCCCUUAGCAUGACGGAUCUCUCGCCGGCUCCGAUGCACGGAUCUAAUCUACGCGUCGCUUAUCAAGGUGUUCCCGGUGCUUACUCUGAAGCAGCCGCUGGUAAAGCUUAUCCUAAUUGUCAAGCUAUACCUUGCGAUCAAUUUGAGGUUGCGUUUCAAGCGGUGGAGCUUUGGAUCGCAGAUCGUGCUGUUUUACCGGUGGAGAACUCUCUCGGCGGUUCUAUCCACCGUAAUUACGAUCUCCUCCUCCGUCACCGUCUUCAUAUAGUCGGCGAAGUUCAACUCCCUGUUCAUCACUGUUUACUGGCUCUUCCCGGCGUUCGUAAAGAGUUUCUCACACGUGUGAUCUCACACCCUCAAGGUCUCGCUCAGUGUGAGCACACGCUCACAAAGCUCGGACUUAAUGUCGCACGUGAGGCAGUUGAUGACACCGCAGGAGCCGCUGAGUUCAUCGCCUCUAACAACCUCCGCGACACAGCCGCUAUCGCGAGUGCACGCGCCGCCGAGAUAUACGGGUUGGAGAUUUUGGAAGAUGGGAUUCAGGACGACGUGAGUAACGUGACGCGCUUCGUGAUGCUGGCGCGUGAGCCAAUCAUACCUAGAACAGAUAGACCGUUCAAGACUAGCAUUGUCUUUGCGCACGAGAAAGGAACCAGCGUGCUUUUCAAGGUGCUCUCUGCUUUCGCCUUCAGAGACAUUAGCUUGACGAAGAUCGAAUCGAGGCCGAAUCACAACCGUCCGAUCAGGGUCGUGGAUGAUGCCAAUGUCGGGACGGCGAAGCAUUUUGAGUACAUGUUUUAUGUUGACUUCGAGGCCUCGAUGGCGGAGGCGCGUGCUCAGAACGCGCUUGCCGAGGUUCAGGAGUUUACAUCGUUCUUGCGGGUGCUUGGGAGUUAUCCCAUGGAUAUGACUCCUUGGUCACCAACAUCAUCAACUUCAUCGUAACCAUACUAUAGUCUAUACACACAUGAAAAUGUAAAUUUUGGAGAAGAUAACAAAGUUUUAUAUUUACUGAUCCAUUCUGUUUGGUGUUUUACAUUUGAUUGAAUUCGUAUAAAUCAAUAAACAAUUGGUAAAAAUUUAAACUAAAAUUCAUAGAACAUUGAUUUGGAAGUUUUGAUAACAGGGGAAAAGUUGUGACAAUAUGGUGGAGUUGGUAACAG